AGAGAAGAGUGCAGGCGAGACAAGGAACCUUCUCUUUCCUUUGCUUUGCGCGGAGAUGACCCGACCAGAAGCAGAAUGAAAGGUAUAGCGACCUCCCAAGGAACCAUAUGAAGAAGGCAUAACCUCCCAAGGAACAACAUCAGUGGGUAUGAGCAGAGCAACACCCAAAGGGAUCUCUCUCGCCUAUUUAUUGCCUUCGUUCGUGAAGGCAUGUGAUUCGAGUUUCAAGGGGAAGGAAGCAAACUGAAAGGGUUUCAUGGAGAGACGGCCUUCGGCUGCUCCCGGGCGACAAAUCUACGAUGAUUUUGUUCCUCCACACGAAGUCAUUAGAGGAAAAGACGCAGAGACUUUCCUUCUCCAGCUCCCAGAUUUCAACAGGGAGCAAAUCAAGCUCCAAAUCGACGACUAUGGCAAGCUAAAGAUCAGCGGAGAACGCCCCCUGAUCAACGACCGGUGGAAACGCUUUCUCAAGGAGUUCUACGUACCGGAUUACUGCAACGUCAGUGACAUCAGCGCUAAGUUUGAGAAUGGGCUUCUUCGUAUCAUACUUCCAAAGUUUGUCGCCCAAACUGGCACAAAAGAUGAGAACGCAAAGGCCCCAGAAGCUGCACCGGAUCCAAAAGCUACGACGGAGACGAAAGCUGAUGGCAGCAAAAGUGACACGACCCAGAAAACCAAGUCAAGACCAGAUCAAGAGUCAGACGACAGCAUCAACAAGCAACCGAAGGACGAGAGGAAGAAGGAGUCGCUCGAUGCAAGCAAAGAUGUGCACAAGGUCGAAGAGAAAAAGAUGGGCAACGAUGAUGCGAAACUACAUGAGGAGGGUGCUGAAACCAAGAAGAAGAAGAAGGCAAUGACGCAGGAGCAAGGAACCGCAGCUGGGCAUGGACGCAUGCUGGGGGAUCCGAAGAAGGUGCAACUAUUGGGAUAUGGCUUGUAUAGGCGCAUGCGAGUCAUGGUCAGUGGAGCUUUAGCCAUUGUGGUCUUAGUGGGAGUAGUGUUGUAUGUAACAUAUUCACUGAAAAGGCCCAUGCAGAUGGAUAACUACGAGUCUCCGUAGUUCCAUUUCGAGCUGAAGAACUUGUGCUAGUACAUGUAAAUGAUAUAUAAAGGAAAUAAAGGAAAAGGAGGUCAAUCGUUCACGUUGAAA